AAUUUCCUUCUUCUUUUUUUCCCUUAGUUUAAUUUAUAUAUAUUACGUAUACAUUUAGUUUUCUUCUAGAACCUUUUUUCUUUUUUUUUUUUUUAAAAAAAAAUUACUUUAUAACAUUAUUAUACCAUGUCAUUCAAGUCGAGACAAAGAGCAAAACAUGGUAUUUUGUUUGGGGAUGAUCCCCUCGGUGCAUCCAUGGUAGAAGCUGACGAGGCCCUGUUUAAGCCACGAGCAACAGUAAAUACCCCAUCUCAUUCACCGCAUCCCAGUCAAAGUGCAUCAACACCAGUGUUGGACCCGCUUCAACCUCACAGUAGUCGUCCAUCUUCUCCUCACCAACCUAUCCGAAAGUUUACCCAUACAAAAAAGUCUUCGAAUGGAUCAAAUGAGACCAGUAGUAUUUUUGGGGAUGUAGAUGUAUCUAAACUCGGAGGAAGUGGUGGAGGUGGAGGAGGGCUAUUCUCGGGUAAACGCGGUGGUGUACUGUCUUCGUCUUCAUCAUUACGUGGAUCAAGAAUAGCAGAUGAUGAGGAUGAUGGUUUGUUUGGAGGGGCUGUAACUCCUAGAAACCGAACGGGCUCAACUGCGUCGUCAGUAUCCUCCGCUUCUUCGUAUCGUCGUGAAGAGCGAGCCACAGAUAAUGCAAAGCCAUCUACUCCUUUUGUUACGAAUUCUACACCUGCACAAGCACCAAGACCAACCCAAACAAUCCAAAAAGUACAACCAGUACAACCGACGCAACCUGCACAACCUGCCUAUAACCAGCCAAUAAGACCAGUACAGUCUGUGCAGCCUGUACAGAAUAAUUAUGGUCAACUAGAAACUCAACAAAAGCCAGCGUAUGUCCAACAAAGACCGGCUUCAAUGCAAGCACCGGUUCAUGUACCAACUCAGGUCCAUCAACGACCUUUUUCUGUACAAGCACCGCUACAAGUACCGGUCCAAGUACAGCAAAUACCCACUCCAGAACCAACCCCAGAACCAGUAUUAAGUCCGGCUCCAGCUCCUGUCGAACCACCCCCACGGACAUCUAGCUCACUAUUUGCUUCUGCUAGUCGACUUAUGCGGAUAAGAUCUACCAGUACUACUAAAGCAGAUCCUCCAGUACAAUCUUCCUCGGAAACAAAGCAAUCCACUCAAACUGUAGAGGCUGUACCAAAUCCUUUGGCACCUCAACCUCAACCUCAACCUCAGCCUCAACAUCAACAGUAUCAACGCCAACUUCAGUUGCAGCAGCAACUACAACAGCAACGUCAACGUCAACGCCAGAGGGAAGAAGAGGAGGAAGAAGAAGAAGAGAAAAAUAAAACAGUGAUAGAGGAUGAGGCAACGUUAGCUUUUGCAGAGGAUACUUUUAUUAAGUCAAAGCCGAUUCCAGCCUUUGACUACUCAUCCUCGCCCGAAUUCUCUAUUUCGAUUGAUACCCGCCACUUGCUUGUGCCUUCAUCAAGUACACCUGCAUCUACUUUGAGUAUGGUAGAACAUGCAGAAAACCCAUGGUUUAUGCCUAGUGCAGCAGGAUCAUCACUUUCGGUUAUUAUGGAUGGACCUUCAGUAUCUACAAGCUCCCCACUGCGGUCAACCCAAAACCAUCAUCUCCUCCCUCAACAUAGACCUACACGUCAUCCAUCCAUUGCGGCUACACAAAUCGAGCCAACUAAACGAGCUGCAUUUGCAGAUUUGAUUGCUAGUUGGAAUGGCGGAGAGCGUAAUAGGGUACGCGCACCAACAGAAGACACAACAAAAGAAUUAGUAGAGCAGGUGGCAGUGGAACAACGGGAUAUUGGCUUUGCAGGCAUCGCUAGCCCCACAAAAAAGGAAGAUAAAGAAGCUGACGAUGAUGAUGAUGAUGAAGAAGAAGAAGAAGGAGAUGAUUUGGUUAAAAGACAAGGUUGGGCUAUUGAAGCGGAUAACCCAUGGUGUUAGAGAACUUCUCUUUUGGACCAAGGAAAGGAAGAAAAGGAAGAAAAAAAAGAAGAUAUUAUCAAUCUUUCUUUUUUGUAAUUAAUACGACUAAAUAACAACAUCUGUUCAUUAUUCACAUCAUUAUAAGCAUCGUCAUCAUC